ACUGGUGAGUGCUUGGGAUGUAGGAAGGGGUGUAGGUAGAUUGUGGAAAGGUGUGACUCCUCCACACACACAGUACGGGUAACGAUCCUACCGCUGAGCCGCAGACGAUAAAUGGCUCGCCGUUGCCUGCACUUCUCCGAAGCGGCCAGAGGUGGCAGCAGAGGGGCGGUGAAGUAGCGCUCGGUCACGUGAGUGGAUUCCUGGAAAGUUCCUGGAAAGCGGCCUUUGUAUUUACCAGAUAUGGGGAGGGAGAGCCCGGCCAGGAGAUUAGGGAGGGGGGAGCCGCACACAAGGAGCGAUGGCUGGUGGGGUGGGGGGUGAAGUCUUAUAGAGUCUUAUACAUACAACCGUUCCAUGGAGCUCCGCUCUCCGCCGGGACUUCUCUGCUGUGUCGGGCUAUGGAGCCGGGACCACGACUGAUCCCCGCAAGGAAGGAGGAAGAUAUAGCCAGGGAUCUCUUGGACCAUGAUCACCUGCAGCGGGCAGUAGAGGUGGGCUCUGACCAACCACCCUCAGUCCACCCUGAUCACCUGCCUGCAGGGAGACUAGCUACCUGUCCAAUGACCCUCCGAUCACCCGACACCACUGACAGCGCGAGCACCAUAGAGGACGGACAGAACGUAUCAUCACCGGGGGGCAGCGAGGAGAGCCCGGCCGGGGAAGACCGUAUUGCCGCCUCCAUGGUGGAGCUCCGGAGGUCAGGUUGGUAUUGGGGACACAUGACCGUCAACGAAGCCAAGGAAAAACUGCAAGAUGCUCCAGAGGGCACUUUCCUAGUUAGGGACAGCUCACACACAGACUACCUCUUGACCAUCUCUGUAAAGACCUCUGCAGGACCAACAAACCUGCGCAUUGAGUAUCGAGAGGGGAAAUUCAGGUUGGACUCUGUGGUUUGCGUACGCUCAAGAUUAAAACAAUUCAAUAGCGUUGUUCAUCUUAUUGAGUAUUAUGUUCUGUUGUCAAAAAACAAGAAAAUGGAGACCGAGACUCUUCCCAACCGGACAGUACAUCUUUGGCUAGUGAAGCCACUUUAUACAUCUACCCCAUCUUUACAGCAUCUCUGUAGACUGGCUGUCAACAGAUGCACGAGGAAGGUCCAGGAACUGCCAUUGCCAAUGAGACUAAAGGAAUAUAUCACAGAGUACCGUUAUCACAUAUAGAAGCAUUUUUUACAAUCAUGCCUGCAGCAUGGGAAAUGCAUUUCUGCAAGCAACUUCCAAAUCAAGUCAAAUAUGUUUUGAAUCCGUUGUCUGCUCCAUGCUGAAUGUAAGGACAUCACAUUGUGUUCCAUUCUUAAAUGGUUGUCAUAAGACUGUUUAGGACUUAUGAAAUUAACCUAAUUUAAUACAGUAUGUGUGUGAGGGGGGUUUUUUUUUUUUUUUGGUUUUUUUUUGUUUUGUUUUUUUACCACUCCCCCUUAUUGAAAUUGAUGUAUGAAUCCAAUUUCCAUGAUUUCAGAUUACUUUUUUUUUUUUUUUUAAAUGCAUACACCCUAGUACUUUUAAGCACCAUCUUUUGCUUGAGGUACCCCAGUAUACUAGAGUAACGUUAUCUAAUACCUGCAAGUUUUUUUUAUUUUUUUUCACUCUGCACCCCCAAGCAUACAUUGUUGCAUAUCUUAAGAUUGGACUUGUGUAUUCACCAGAUAUAUUUUAAUUGUUGACAAUGUGCUUGGGUUGGUGUGCUGUAUAGAUUUAGUGAAGUUGUGUUCAGCUGAUGCACAAGCAGUGUGUGUUGUUGUUUUUUUUGUUUUUUUUUGCCUAACCUGCACAGAGUUGUCUGGUUUAUGGGAACAAACCAGUUCCCCUGGAUGACCAUUAUCAAACUGACAGGAUCGAAAUAAUUAUAUUUAUUUUUUUGGUCAUUUUGAAUAAAAUUUGUCUGCUGUAAGGAAUGCUAGGACUCGUCAGCUCGUUAGCUCCAAAGAAGAAAUGUAUACAGUGCACUUUUAUUUUAAGUGGACCUUCCAUCCAUUGGAGUGCACAAAAAAGAUCCUCCAUUGUAGGCAAAAUACUGUGUAAGCAAAGCAAGUAUGCAUCCCAGUAUUAGGCCCCUUUCAGACGGACGGCUGUUUUGCCGCAGUUAAAAGCACUACAAAUGUU